AUGGCGACCACGCGCGACCGUGGCGCCGGCGCCGGAUCGGCGUCGAGGGUCGGCGACGGGGACGUCGACCUGGGCGAGGGCUGGGACUGGGGCGCCAUCCCGCGGCUCCUCUCCUCCGCCUGCCUCUUCCUCUGCUCCGGGUGGUUUGCAGCCUUUAGCCUAGGUGUCUACUCUAUGUGUGCUCUGGGUCUUUCACCCACUGCCGAAAGUCGGAGAAACCUAAUCACCCAUGACCAAAUAACAAUUGGAGAGCCAUUUUGGAGCACAACCACCAUCGAGGUUGAACCAGCAGAUCUCAGGGGUGUUUCUCUAAUCAAUGCAUCUAAUUGGGCCUUUGAUCAGCAUGGAACUGGUAGCAGUCAUAACCUUCCUGGACUUGGUAAUAAUGGACUCAUUCUGUGGGAACAGACUAGGCAGGAGUGGACUGAAAUUAGAAGUCUACGGCCGAAGGUGAAGCAGGUUCGCGAACCAGUGUUGAGUUGGAAUGCAGCAUAUGAGAGUCUGCUUGGAUCAAAUAAGCCAUUUCCUCAACCCAUUCCUCUUCAUGAGAUGGUGGAUUUCCUUGUGGACAUCUGGGAGCAGGAGGGGCUGCCUGUUGUACUUGCAGAAUACAGCGCUGCGCUUGUAAGUCCUGAUACUGAUAGUGGCUUUGUUGAAUUUGUCAAAGAAAGUUACUCUCCUCAAAUCGAACUUCUCAAUUCCUCAUUAAUCAUUGAGCAGCAGCCAGGCCAUGACCCAUUGACCCAUUCAUCAAAACAACUACGGUGCGUGAAUGCCAAGUCGGCAGAAGAAACCGGAUCUGGCAAGGUGCACGUCACCACUCACCAUGUGGCUCCCCAGAGCCAAAAGCCAAAGCGAAGCGUUCAUUGUUCACAGGUAUGCCAAGAAAGGCCGAAAGGGGCACGGCGAGAAGUGUGGUCUGGGCCGAAACCAGCAAAGGCCAUCGGCGUUGGGCCCCAGCAACGACGCGCGGGCGCGGCCUUCUGCGUUCCGCCGGUCCCACCACCAGCUGUCGUCCCCACCCACCCCACCCCACUGCGCAUUCUCACACACACACAACACUUGCGACUUGUCCUCGGCGCCUCCGCUCCCCUUUUCGGCGACGCCUACUUGACCGGCUGUACCGGAGAUAGAGAGAGAGGAGGAGGGUUCGGUGACGAGAAAACCCCAAUCGCCUCCGCCCCAUCCCCUACUCCGGCAGCAGCCGCCGACGUCGCCACGCGCAUUCCGCCGCGCCAAUCGGGUAUACGAGAAGCGCGGGGGAUGGCGUCGUCAGCGUCCGCGCCGGCGUCCAAGGGCCCGCGCUACGCGCCGCCGGAUCCGACGCUCCCAAAACCGUGGAGGGGGCUCAUCGAUGGCAGCACGGGGUACCUGUACUUCUGGAACCCGGAGACCAAGCAGCGGUCGGAAGCCGCGGUGAGUCGCCCGCAGUAUGUGCCUCCCUCGGAUAACAGGGCAAGGAAUGAUCACUCGGAGCCACGCUCUGCAUCGGGAGUGAACCUUUCACAAAGUGCUCCAUCCACUAAUCAAGUUUCUCAGGCUGCCAAUGGAAGCCAAAUUUCUACAGAAGCAUAUCGUGCUAAGCAUGAGAUUACCAUUGUCGGCAAUGAGGCACCUGCGCCAUUCAUGACAUUUCAGUCCACAGGCUUCCCAUUAGAGAUUCUAAGGGAGGUUCUGCAAGCAGGAUUCUCGGCACCAACUCCUAUCCAAGCUCAGUCAUGGCCAAUUGCUAUAAAGGGCCGUGAUAUAGUAGCUGUGGCAAAGACAGGUUCAGGAAAAACAUUGGGCUAUCUCCUCCCAGGGUUUAUUCUUCUGAAGCGUCUGCAGCAUAAUUCAAGGGAAGGUCCAACGGUAUUAAUUUUGUCUCCAACCAGGGAAUUGGCAACACAAAUUCAAGAUGAAGCAGUCAAGUUCGGCAGAUCUUCAAGAAUAUCUUCUACUUGCUUAUAUGGAGGUGCUCCAAAAGGCCCUCAGCUAAGAGAGUUGGAGCGUGGUGCCGACGUUGUUGUCGCAACUCCUGGGAGAUUGAACGACAUUUUGGAAAUGAAUAGAGUGAGCCUCGCCAAGUAUCUUAUCUUGUCCUUGAUGAAGCUGACCCGAAUGCUUGAUAUGGGAUUUGAGCCACAAAUAAGGAAAAUUGUGAAACAAAUACCACCUAGACGGCAAACUCUUAUGUACACUGCCACAUGGCCAAAAGAGGUUAGAAGAAUAGCGUCGGAUUUACUGAAUAAUCCAGUUCAAGUUAACAUUGGAAACACUGAUCAGCUGGUUGCAAAUAAGUCAAUUACUCAGCAUGUGGAAGUCAUCCCACAUAUGGAGAAAUCAAGACGACUUGAUCAGAUCUUGCGUUCACAAGAUCCUGGAUCAAAAAUCAUAAUAUUUUGUUCCACUAAGAGGAUGUGUGAUCAGUUGGCUAGAAACCUAUCACGGCAGUAUGGUGCUUCUGCUAUUCAUGGUGAUAAAUCACAGUCUGAGAGGGAUUCUGUGUUGAAUGACUUUCGAAGUGGCAGGUGUCCAGUACUUGUAGCCACCGAUGUCGCCGCUCGAGGCUUGGACAUAAAGGACAUCAGGGUCGUGGUUAACUAUGAUUUCCCAACUGGUGUGGAGGACUAUGUCCAUAGAAUUGGGAGGACAGGAUUCAAAUGCACGCCGGACCUUGUCAAGAUUUUGGAGGGUGCAAACCAAUCUGUGCCACCACAGUUAAAAGAAAUGGCUCUUCGUGGAGGAUAUGGUGGAAGAUCACGUCGGUGGGCAUCUUCUGAUGACUCUUAUGGUGGUCAGGAUAUGGUGCUAAAAGAUCAACUGAUAGCUUCAAUAACAGCAGCUUCGGCUGACCAGGCUGGGGGGUGGUUCAAGCUUUCACUCGAGCUCAGUGGCAAUCAGUUUGGUGAUAUUACGAGCUUUCAUGGCAGGUAUGGUGAAAAUUUCUAUUAUACAUUGUCUUUGGCCCAUCUAUACAUUGUAAUGAACCAUCACAGUACAGCUAUGAUAACAGCAGCCAAGAAUAAUCAGGCGGGUGACAAUGCAAGCUUUCCACCCAGCUCCAGCAACAAUCAGUCUGGGGAUGGUCUCAGUUUUCAUGAAAGGUUCUAUGGAUCACGUGGAAGGGAUCAGAGCAAAACAAGCAAUGAUGGAUUCCGUGCUAGGAGCAGGAGUCCUCCUGGCAAGCCCGUGGGAGUUUCUAAUUGGUGA